GGCAAUCUCACAUUUCGAAAGCCUCACUCACAUGCAGCUGGCGUUGCUUUUAAAGUUUCUAAAGUCUCGCCCGCUCUCAAGCAUUUUCUGACAGCAAUUUUUCAAGCAUUUAUCGACAGCAUUCCAGUGCCAAGGGCAGCUGCCGUUUCGUUUCGAUGAAAGCGCAUUCAACAGCCGUGGAUCUGUGCCAGAACGAUGUUAAUGCUGAUGUGCUCGUCCAGCUCCGACAGCUGCAGGCUAAUCAUCUGUGGCUGCGUCAACAGCUGACACAACUGCAGCGCGUUGCCUUCGCCUCUCGCCUGAACCAGCGAAGGAAAUUGCUCAACAGCAGCGCCGCCUUGGAGUGCAAGUUGCGCCAGCUGCAGCUCAGGCACCAGCGUGAAUGGGGCCUCUGAGAUUUAAAUCACAUAUAUCACACAGCACAGUACAGCACAGCACAAAUUAAAUGUGAAGCAAAACCUC